AAGCAGCAAUUGAGGAGACAAAGAACGAGUUCGACGGUUAACGUGUCGGGUUUUGCGUUUUUUUUUAGCAAUGUCGCAGUCAUCUCCACGAUCAGGCCGUCCUUUGGCCGCGUUUUGUUUAUUCUCCAACAGAAUUCUUCCUCUUUAUUAUAUUCAAGAUGAUAGAAGACAGCCCCACGUUCUGACAUUUUCAAGUACUCAAAACGCAUGCUCUCAUUCUCUGUCUAACUACAUUUGUUAUUAGAGAGUAAUUAAUGACAGUUUAGUCAUCUCUCAGUGAUUGUCCUUAGGCCCCUUUGUCAUCUUAAUUUCAGUUUAUCAGAAAUAAGAUGCUUUGAAUUGCUGUUCUGAUAUUUUAAUCUAUCAUUGCAUGAACUUGGUCCCGUCUUAGUUGUACUUUGCCUGGUAUUGGCCCCACAAUGGACUCCUGAGUUCAGUUACAGAGAAUUAGGACCUGCACCCAGGUAAUCAUUAGAAAUUUAGAAUUUUUAUAUACAAGAUGAAGUCAAUCCUUGCUAGUGACAUUGUUUUAUGGUGCAUGGGUAUAAAUCUGUCCCUAGUUUUUUGGUUCUCUCAAGCGAAAUCGAGCUUCAAUUAACUAGUAGGCAUCACCAUAGAAACAUAAGAGCCUCUUUCUUGAUUUCUCCACAGCUUCCAAGUGCAAAAUGAAUACGCAGGCUAUGGAAGCCUUUCGUGAUGGAGAAUUAUGGAACUUCAGCAGAAUGUUCUCCAUGGAAGAGCCUGAUUGCACCCCAGAAUUACUUGGUCAGUGCUCUUUUCUUCAGGAUACUGAUGAAGGAUUGCAUUUUACAAUCCCAUCAGCUUUCUUCCCUGCUCCUGAAUCCGACGCGAGCAUGGCUGAGGACGAGAGUUUGUUUUAUUCUUGGCAUACUCCCAACCCCAAUUUGCAUUUUGAUUCUCAAGAAAGUAGUAAUAACAGUAAUUCUAGCAGUAGUGUAUUUCUUCCCUAUUCCAGCCAUGAAUCCUACUUCUUCAAUGAUUCUAAUCCCAUUCAAGCUACGAACAAUAACUCUAUGUCCAUGGAUAUUAUGGAUGAGGAAAAUAUUGGCUUGUUUAUGCCACUUUUUCCUGAAAUUGCAAUGGCAGAAACUGCCUGUAUGAAUGGAGAUAUGAGCGGUGACAAAACAGGAGAUUUAGAUGAUAAUCUGAAGCCAGCAGCUAAUGAUGUUCUGGCCAAGGGAUUGCAGCUCAAAAGGAAGCUUGAUGUUCCAGAACCAAUAGCCAACACAUUGGACGACAUGAAGAAAAAAGCCCGGGUUACAAGAAAUGUGCAAAAGACUAGGAAGGUUGGACAGUCAAAAAAAAAUCAGAAGAACGCACCAGAUAUUAGCCAUGAUGAAGAAGAGAGUAAUGCUGGACCAGACGGACAAAGUUCCAGCAGUUGUAGUUCAGAAGAGGACAAUGCCUCUCAGGAUUCUGAUUCCAAGGUUUCUGGAGUUCUCAAUUCCAAUGGAAAAACAAGAGCUACUAGGGGAGCUGCCACAGACCCCCAGAGCCUUUAUGCAAGGAAAAGAAGGGAGAGGAUAAACGAGAGACUGAAAAUCUUGCAGAAUCUUGUCCCUAACGGAACCAAGGUUGAUAUCAGCACGAUGCUAGAAGAGGCAGUCCAUUACGUAAACUUUUUGCAGCUUCAAAUCAAGCUUUUGAGCUCGGAUGAUCUAUGGAUGUAUGCACCUCUGGCUUACAAUGGAAUAGAUAUUGGACUCAACCAGAAGCUCUCUAUGUUUCUAUGAGCGUGGAAGGAGCUGCUGGAAACUUUUCUUAACGUUAAUUUAUCAACAUUAUAGAAAUGAGAAAAGAAUAUAUAUAUCUACUAUAUAAUAAAUAAAUUCCUGCUUUCAAUAUAUCACGCGGAGUAAAAACAAUCAGCGUGUUUCUAUAUUAUAACAAUCCAGCCCGAUCUGCUUCUUGCGUUUGUUACUUUAUUAUACCAAUGGCUUUCCCCGUCACAUGUUUGUAGAAGCAGGCGACA